UGGUACCGGCGGGGACCUGAGCCGAGCCGAGCCGAGCCGAGGGCGGCCUGCAGUGCCGGCAUGGUGCUGCAGGAGCCCGCCGGGGCACGGAGUCAGUCGGCUGCGGGGGGAGGGGCUGCUGCUGCUGCCCCCGCCGAGGUGCAGCUGUCCCGGCGUCGCUGGGCCGUGCUGCUGCUCUUCAGCAGCUACUCCCUGUGCAACGCCUUCCAGUGGAUCCAGUACGGCAGCAUCAACAACGUCUUCGUGCGCUUCUACGACGUGAGCGCCUUCGCCAUCGACUGGCUCUCCAUGAGCUACAUGCUCGUCUACAUCCCCCUGCUCUUCCCUGUCGCUUGGCUGCUGGACAAGAGGGGGCUGCGCCUCGUCGCCCUGGCUGGCUCGGCCCUGAAUGCUGUGGGCGCCUGGGUGAAGCUGGGCAGCAUGAAGCCGCAUCUCUUCCCCGUCACCGUCCUGGGACAGGUCAUCUGUGCCCUGGCCCAGGUCUUCAUCCUGGGCAUGCCCUCGCGCAUCGCCUCUGUCUGGUUUGGCUCCCACGAAGUCUCCACCGCGUGCUCCAUCGCGGUCUUUGGGAACCAGCUUGGUAUCGCUGUGGGCUUUCUAGUCCCUCCAGUUCUGAUUCCUAAUGUGGAGGAUGUGGAGAAGCUGGCCUACCACAUCAGCAUCAUGUUCUUCAUGACUGCAGGUGUGGCAUCAGCCCUAUUCAUCCUGGUCAUCCUAGUCUUCAAGGAGAAGCCCCAGAACCCUCCAAGCCGAGCUCAGGCCUUGAUCCAGUCAAGACCAACGGCAGAAUAUUCCUACGUGCAAUCAAUCCUCCGUCUGCUCCGCAAUGCCAACUUUUUGCUCCUUAUGGUCACUUACGGUCUGAAUGUAGGUUGUUUCUACGCCCUGUCCACUCUGCUGAACCGCAUGGUGAUCCACCACUACCCAGGGGAGGAGGUGAAUGCUGGCAGGAUUGGACUCACCAUUAUAGUGUCGGGGACGGUUGGGGCUCUGAUCUCCGGCAUCUGGUUGGACAGAACCAAAACCUACAAACAGACAACCCUAGUCGUCUAUAUCAUGUCUCUAGUGGGAAUGAUAAUCUACACCUUCACUCUGAGCCUAGGCCAUCUCUGGGUGGUCUUUGUGACUGCUGGCACGCUGGGUUUUUUCAUGACAGGAUACCUUCCCCUGGGCUUUGAGUUUGCUGCAGAGUUGACAUACCCAGAAUCAGAAGGAACAUCAUCAGGGCUCCUUAAUGUCUCAGCACAGAUUUUUGGUAUUGCUUUCACCAUUGGCCAAGGGCAAAUCAUGGAUCACUUUGGAACGAAGGCAGGAAACCUCUUUCUUUGUUCCUUCCUGUUCCUGGGGACCGUUAUGACAGCAUUCAUUAAGGCUGAUCUUCGAAGACAACAGGCCAAUUUGGAAAAUGAACACACAGGAAAGGGAGGGGACUUUGAGGCAAUUUUCCUUAUUCCUCCGGGCUCCUCUUCUGCGACGUUAUCAGAGAGAUCCACUCAAUGUUCAGGAAGCCGUCAGUGACCAUGACUAGCAAAGUGUGUAAAUCUCAGUUCUCUGCCGGCUGGAGUCAGCUCUAUUCAGAAGACAGUGCUGCCCUCGUCCAGAGAAUCUAACCAGUCCAGUCUGGAGAAAGACCAGAAGGUCCAAGAAGCAGGUCUUCUCUGACCAGCUGAUCAGGAAGGUGGAUUUUCAAUUACAAAAUACAUGCUUUUUGAUUU